GAACAGCCCAAAGUGAGCCCACUGAUGCCUGAGGCCCUGACCCCCCUGACUCCUGAGGCUCUACUCACACUGAGCCCAGAGGCUACUCUUGUAGCAGGAGGGAGCCCUGAGCCCAGUCAGCCCACAGCCCCACACGGGCCACACUCCACAGACCACUGUCCACUCCGACUCCACACUCCACACGCCACACUCCACAGUCUACACUCUACAGUGAUCUACACUACAGUCUACACCUGA